CUGCUCUGGCUCCUCCUGCCUCUCCUCAUAUCUUCAGCCUGCUCACUCUGUUGUGUUGCAGAGCACCUUCACGGUGUUUGCAGUGGAGGCAGUGACAAGAGAACUUUCUAACAUUUAGUUUUAUUCAUGACAUUUCUUUGUGUUUCUGAUGAAGACCUAAGCUAUGUAGCAGUAACACAGAGGAGCAGAGACUGGAGCCUGAUUGGCCGAGGAGGAAGAGGAGGAGGACGACGAAGGAACCCAAAGAAAGGGGAUAAGGCUCGUUAAGGUUCCUGAAUGGCCAGAGCGAUGGCAGUUUCCGAGGAGGAGAGGAUUAAAGGAGGCAGACGGCUGAAGACGACCCUGCCUGAAGGCGGCUGGGGUUGGAUGAUUGUCGCCAGUUGUUUCCUCGCCACCAUCUGCAUCCGCGCAGUAACCAGGUGAAGAGUGUGUCAUGCGUGUUUCUCUCUAGAGAUGUGUUUCCAUGUUCUUCGUGGAGUUCCAGAUGCACUUCGAGAAGGACUACUCCACCACCGCCUGGAUCCACAGUCUGAUCGACUCCACCACCAUGCUUUGUGCUCCUCUGGGCAGUUUCCUUGGCAACCGUCUGUCCUGCAGAGCUACGGUGGUUCUGGGAGGACUGCUGUCGUCAGCUGGCCUGAUCCUCAGCUCGUUCGCUACCAGCCUGGAGUACCUCUACACUUCUAUGGGUGUCCUCACAGGUCUCGGCUUUGCUCUCAGCUACACACCAGCCAUAGCGAUGGUUGGGAGGUACUUCAAUGAGAGGAAAGCUCUGGCCUAUGGCAUCGCCCUGUCUGGCAGUGGCAUCGGGACUUUCCUCCUGGCUCCUGCAGUCCAGCUGCUCAUAGAGUAUUACACCUGGAGAGGAGCUCUGCUCAUCCUCGGAGGCUUUGUUUCCAACUUGUGUGUUUGUGGCGUUCUGAUGAGGCCGCUGGAAACAAGAGGAGGUGAAAGGACAUGGGAGAACAAGAUGGCAAACCUGGAGAAAGACUGCAUAACGACAACGUUGGACACCACUAAAGAAACAUCCACCGAUUGCAGCCAAGUCGAGACAAAGCAGCUAGGGAUAAACAACUUGAAGGACACUCAGGGGCUCCUCAUAACCAAUGGAAUAUUUAAAAACUUUAGAUUUGACACAGAUAAAUUGAGUCAGGGGAAUAUGGCACUGCUACCAAACCCAAGGCAGCCUGAUCCAGAUCUGAAGCUGGCUGAAUGCAUUUUAUUCAGCAACAAGCUAACAAAGACAGUGUUGGGGGAGAUCGAAUUUUCAGCUCUAUCCAACAGUAGCACGACUGACAACUUGAAAUUGAUGGAAAACACAAAACCCAAUAAGUUAGCAGAUGUAGAUGCAAAGAUAGACGACUCUGGACCGACAGAUGAUUCUCAUAAAACCAUUCCUCCACAAACUUUACUGAAGACAAGACCUUCAUCCAGAGGUCAAUGUUUUUGCCUGGAGUCCAUGGAGGAGUUUGGCUUUCUUGUGAUACCCAACUUCCUGAUUCUGUCUGUGUCCUUCCUGUUUCUGGCGUACGGCUGCAGCGCUCCAGUAGUUUACCUGGUUCCUUACGCCCUCAGUGUCGGCGUGGAGCAUCAGCACGCUGCUUUCCUCAUGUCCAUAUUUGGUGUCAGCAGCAUUGUUGGUAAUAUUACUUUCGGAUGGAUCACAGACAGGAAAUGUCUGAAGAAGUACCGCAUGCUGAGCUACAUGGCGGCGAUAUGCAUGGAGGGCCUCUGCUGUGUGUUCAUGCCCUUCCUCCACUCCUUCUCCCUGCUGGUGCUGUUUUCCGUACUCUACGGGUAUUUUGAUGGUGCAUAUGUUGCUCUAAUGCCAGUUGUUAUCUCUGACACUGUGGGCUCCACCUAUCUCACCUCUGCUCUGGGUGUGGUCUACUUCCUGCAUGGCAUCCCCUACCUCAUCAGCCCACCAAUUGGAGGUUGGCUAGUAGACCAGACGAGAAGCUAUGCAGCGACUUUCUUCCUCAGUGGGGCUUCCUUCAUCUUCAGCUCUGUGAUCGUAGCAUCUGCCACGUUGGUCAGACGCUGCCAGAGGUCCAACUCAGUGGCACAUUUAAAUCCCAGUCACAGUGCUGCUGCUGCUGCUGUACUUCAGCAGGGCAUCAUAUGAUCACAUACGGGGUGCCAAUGUAGAUAAAGAAUAUAAUUAUGCGUGGAACAGUGGCCAGUAGAAACAAAGUUCUCAGAACUUGUGCCUCUAUGUUGUGCCUCUAUUAAGAGGUCGCUGCUCAAUGUGGAUAGCGAAUAGUGUUCAAGUGUACAAGCUGUUAACACCAAUUUAAUUUGAUUUCUGUUUCACUUUACGAAUUUUAAUAGUUUAUUGAAAAUAUAUUCUUUGUUUAAACUUUUUUUUUUUUUUUUUAAAUUUUUAACUUUGGUCCAGCAAUAAAAUUGUUUUACUACUA